AUGUAUACCUCAUUCUCCACAUUACUACUCAUUUUCUCUCUCUUUUCUCAAGGUUUUUUACUUUCAGUUUCAAAGUCUAUACGAAAAACAGAAGAUGAUAUGCUGCUAAGUACAUUCAGACUUGGAAAAGUAAUACAGAAUGGAGGCAAAGCUCAAAAGUCAUGGCCUGCAGCUUCUCUUGAACAUUAUAAAACGGAGGACAACAAUUUUCUGGAUGAAGAGGAAGAUGGAGCCCCAAAGUUCUCUAAUAUAGGUUCUAAUCAUCACAGACAGCCACUGAAGCUGGAUAUUAAGCGACUUCCUUAUAUUGCACUGGAAGGACCAAUGGCUUUCCCAGCUGAUGCUGAAGUUGAAAGUAAUGAAUCAAGAAAAGAAAGGGGAGAGACAGAAGAUGAUGAAAAUUCAGCUAAGAUACCUAUUGGCAGAAGAGAUUUUGACAUGCUUAGGUGCAUGUUGGGAAGAGUCUAUCGACCUUGUUUGCAAGUUUAAAAUACUGAACUUCAUCAUUUGGAAGAAAUAAAAUAAUUUCUUGACAAUUCAUUGAAGACGUAGCUGUGGUUUAAAGUAUUCCUAUGUGUCCG